AUGUUCCGCCUCUCCAAACUCUCCCACCUAGCAGCCUCCGCCAAAAACGCCCUCACCUCCCGCUCCUCCGCAACAACCCACCAAAACCUCACAACAAUAAACACCUCCGUGCAAACCCUCACUCAGACCACCCAAACCUACAAAGGCGGCCUGCUCGCCGCCGCUUCCAUCUCCUCCUCGGAAGCAACCCUAGCCCAGGACAUCAAGAACGCCAUCUCCGACGCCAAAGCUUCCGAGAUGGUCUCCGAGGCGGAAGCGAAUGAGAUUGUGAAGUAUAUUGUCGAGGUGUUGGAGGUGAGUAUCCGGGCGUGUAUGCAGGCUCUGGGGGAGAAGAAGGAGGAAUUGAAGAGGGCGGGGUUGGAGGGGACGGUUAAGGGGGAUAUGGUGGAUCUGAGGGCUUUGACCAAUGACCUGGGGAAAGCUUUGUUGGAGAAAGCACCGGCUGGGACGAGGCCGGAGGGGGAGAAAGCCAUCAAGACGAUUGAUGAGGACUUCGAGGAGACGGUCAAGUCCUUCGCUGCUUCUGCUGCAGCGGCCUGA